AUUUAUUGAAUCAAUCAAGGAUUGUUUAGAAGAUGUGGCAUUGCAUGGAAAAUAUUUAAAUGAUAAAAAUUUAAAACAUUUUGAUCGUCUAAUUGAUGUUCUUGCCGAUUAUCAACGACAAAAUAAAACAGAAUUAGCCGAUAGUCCUCAUCUUCUAAGAUUAUUAGAUAUUAUUAUUAAAUGUCUUAGUAAACGUCAAGAAUUAUUAGCGAAUACUUUAUUAGAUAUCAUGUUGCCUCGUUAUGUUGAAAUAUUUGCAAAGUUUAUUCGCUCAAUAAGCGAAUGGAAACGUUCGUUGAUUUGUUCAAUUUACCAUAUAACCAAUGUUCUUAAUCAUGGUGCUAGUAUAUCUUCGUCAUAUCCAAAGAAAAUUGGUGAACAUUAUGCUGCUAAGUUGAAAGUGUCUUCACUAUAG